AUGACUCCAAGAGUGAGAAGGAGACGUGGUGAAAGACUUAUGGUAUGGGUAGCGGAGCCUCAUCCUAUUCCAUACCUAAACACCAUCCAAAACCCGAUUUUUCAGCAAGACAAUGCCAGACUGCAUCAGCCAGUUGACGAAUCAAGCUGA